AUGAGUGCGGCCCCGGGCACCUCCCGCGCCCCCCAGCCGCUGCUCCGCUUCCCCGACGGGGCGGGCGGACCGGGCGGCGGGCGGGGGGCGGCGGCGGCGGCGGGGGGGGAGAACCGGUCCCCGGGACCCCCGGGGGGGCCACGGAAGCGGCGGAGAACCACGUUCAGCCGGGGGCAGCUGUCGGAGCUGGAGCGGGCCUUCGCCGCCGUGCCCUACCCGGACAUCGCCACCCGGGAGCGCCUGGCCGAGCUCACGCAGCUGCCCGAGGCCAAGAUCCAGGUCUGGUUCCAGAACCGCCGUGCCCGCAGGAUCCGCAGCGCCAAACCGGAGCCGCCGCCGUCGCCGCCACCCGGGGAGCGGGGUCUGCCCGUGGUGCCCCCCGACGGCACCGGCCCCGUCCCCGUCCCGCCAGCACCCCACAGCCCCGCUCGGGGCCUCCCCACCUCGCUGGGCUCCAUCUCCGACCUCAUCUACAGCGCGGCCAUCACCAACCUGGGCGAGCCGUAGCCACGGCGAGGCCCCCCCCCCCCCCCCCCCCCCCCCCCCCGGCACCGGGGUUUAUCGCCCUGAUUUCAUUAGGGUGCGGAAUUACCGCCGGGCCCCACGGUCCCUGCGAUGCCGUCCAAUAUCCUAAAUGCCGGUGAGGCCGUGGCGGGGCCAGCUCCCGAUCAGCUCCCCCCCCCCCCCCCCCGGCCUAAUACCGCCUAAUCUUUUGGAGAAAUACCUUAAUCUGAGGCAGUAU